AUAAGUCUCGGGAAUGAAGUGAAAGUUUCCUGAAGAAUAAAGAAUUCGGCGACCCCUUUUUCUCCUUCCCUAUCGCGGUUUCUCCCUCCGCUUCGUGGGAGAAAGGGAGCGAGACGGAAGCCAUGGAUUUGUUGAGGCGCGAGCUCGAGAAGAAGAGGAAGAACGUGCAAGCAGACUUCGGCGGCCGUAAGUUCCUCAAGCGCUCCGAGAUCGACCAGAAGGCGAUGCAAAAGCUCCGCGAGGAGGAACAGCGGAGCCUUAUCUCCAAAUCCCACCGCUCCAACCCUAACACCACAGCCACCACAACCAUCUCCUCUUCCUCCUCCGCCGCCUCCUCUUCCCUCGAGGCAAAACCCACCUCCAACCUCCCCCCUGCCCUCGCCUCAGCCGCCGCCGCCUCCAAGAAGCCCCUCGAGAUCCUGUCCGAAGAGCAACGCAUCGAUGAUCUCGUCCUCCCCCGCCAGGAAGUCAUCCGCCGACUCCGCAUCCUCAAGCAGCCCAUCACUCUUUUUGGGGAGGACGACGACGCCCGUCUUGACCGCCUCAAGCUCACACUCAAAUCGGGUACCUUGGAGAUCGACAGCGACAUGACGGAGGGUCAGACCAAUGACUUUCUUCGAGAUAUUUAUGAACUCCGUAAGAGGCAGAAGUCUGGCUCUGCGUCUUCGUUCUUGCGUGACCGGGCAAAGAGCAAGAGGGGUGAUGGGGAUAGGUUGGAGGAUGAUGGUGUCGACGCAGACGUGGAUAAAAAUCUGAGUGAGGAUGGAGGGUCUUCCGGGUUGGACACUGACAAGGACCUGAAGCGCAUGAAAGCCAAGUUCGAGGAUCUCUGCACUGAGGACAAGAUUCUUGUUUUCUUCAAGAGACUGCUGAAUGAAUGGAACCAGGAACUGGAUGAGAUGCCAGAGGCAGAGAAAAGAACAGCCAAAGGGAAGUCGAUGGUUGCAACUUGUAAGCAGUGCGCUCGUUAUCUGAAUCCAUUGUUCAAGUUCUGCAGGAAGAAGGAGCUUCCCAGUGACAUUCGUCAAGCAUUGUUGGUAGUUGUGAAGUGUUGCAUGAAAAGAGAUUAUCUGGCUGCAAUGGAUCAGUACAUCAAGAUGGCAAUCGGAAAUGCUCCAUGGCCAAUUGGUGUAACUAUGGUUGGCAUUCACGAGCGCUCUGCUCGUGAGAAGAUCUACACAAAUAGCGUGGCUCAUGUCAUGAAUGAUGAGACCACCCGUAAAUAUUUACAGUCAGUGAAGAGGCUUAUGACAUUUUGCCAACGGCGUUAUCCAGCAGAUCCAUCCAAAUCAGUAGAGUUCAAUAGUUUAGCAAAUGGAAGUGACUUACUUUCUCUUCUAUCUGAGGAAAGACAUACUGGAAACGGAUCCUCAGAAGAGAGGCUAAAAUUGUUGCCCGCACCAAAGGAAUGAUCUGACGAGUUCAAAUCUGGCACCAACCCUUAAUCCGUAUCGGAUAUCUUUUUACAUGUAUGUCUGUCUUUAUUACCAUGUCAACUCUCAGUUAAUAUUCCUUGGUUGAGACAAAAUUCUAUUUACGUUGAUGCAUGACAGACUUUGCAGGGACU